CAGUAUGAAGUGUGUAAAAAUGGCAGUAGCAGCGGUUGAAUUAGUGCAAAUAAAAUAUAAACAUUUCUAGUGUGUCAGUUCACAAUGGUGUGUGUCUGAGAGAGCCUUGAUACAGUUUUGUAUGUGUUCUGCAAAUGUUUUUUUAUUAUUAUUUUUGUGAUUAAUUCAAACUGAUGAAUAGAUAAUCUAACCAUAGUUUUGGAAGAUAACUUGCUUUAAUUUCUCGCAGGAACAGAGUACCACCUCUCGGGGCGAAAAAGAAAGCUUGUGAAAAAUGUGAAUCCAUGGGAGAGCUGUGGAAAAAGCUCCAUGAUGGUGGAGAGAUAGACCUGUGGAGGAGAGCUUACACAGGAAAUCAUAUUGCUUUAUAUAAAUCCAUAUAUCCAGGAACUCACACUGGCUGAACAUUCGAAAGUUAACUAUUGUUCCGUUCCGCUUUAGAGACUUGCUGAGAAACGUCUGGUUGAGAAAUGUGGGCUCAGGUCUGUUGUGGUGAUGGAUGGGAACAGGGAUUGUUUACAGAUUACAGAUCUUCUAGAGAAGAUAAAGGACAUGGUGGCCAGGGGUCAGCAUGUUAAAACUGACAAAAGGAAACAAAAGAGGGAAGCAGAGGAAGAGAGCAUAAUGGAGACUACAAUGAAGCUCUGCAAACAGAGAGUGGAUAUUAUAAAGCACACCUGUGACAUACAUCAUCUCACAGAAGUGAGGAUUCUGUUGCUGGGCUGCAGGAAUUCUGGGAAAAGUUCAUCAGGAAACACCAUCCUUGGCCAAGCAGUGUUUGACAGAGCUGUGCAGUGUGUGAAGAGACAGAGAGAAAUAGCAGGGAGGAAGAUCACUGUAGCUGAAGCUCCAGGAUGGUGCAGUGAUAGACCUGUAGAAGAGAGCACUGAAUUACUUAAACAGGAGAUUGUCCUCAGUGCAUCUCAGUGUCUUCCAGGUCCACAUGUUGUGCUGGUGGUGGUAAAUGGGGACAGGACUUUCACAGAGAAAGACCGGGAAAUAUUAGCAGGAUAUCUGAUGCUUCUCUGUGACAACAUCUGGAGUCACACCAUAGUUCUCUUCACAUUUGGAGACUCUCUGGGAGACACAAGCAUAGAGAGACACAUUGAGAGUGAAGGAAAGGCUCUCCAGUGGCUGGUAGAGAAAUGCGGAAACAGAUAUCAUGUUUUUAAUAACAAAAUGAAAUAUAAUAACUCUCAGGUUAUGGAGCUACUGAAGAAGAUAGAGACAAUGGUAGCAGAGAACAGAGGGUGCCAUUUAGAAAUGGAUAACAAGAUAUUACAAGAUGUGGAAAAGAGGAGGAGACAAGAGAAAAAGGAAUUAAAUCAGAGAAGAAUGAAAAUGAUGAAAGGUGUUAAAUAUUUCUUGGAUGUUUACAGGUAUUUGUUCAGUUCUCCCCGGGGUUUCAGGUUCAUUCCUGUGUUGGCGUUAUUGCCUGUAUGGAUUAUCAUACACUCUCUCGAUUUUUGCGUUGGUUUCCUUCGGGUUGUCCAGUUUUCUUCAACCUCCAUAAAACAUACUGGUGACAUACCCAAUCUUCCAGAAGUGAGGAUUGUGCUGCUGGGUAGCAGGAAUUCUGGGAAAAGUUCAUCAGGUAACACCAUCCUGGGCCAAGAAAUGUUUGACUUUAACAGAGCUGUGCAGUGUGUGAAGAGACAUGGAGAAGUAGCAGGGAGGACGAUCACUGUAGUUGAAGCUCCUGGAUGGUGCAGUGAUAGACCUGUAGAAGAGAGCACCAAGUUACUUAAACAGGAGAUUGUCCUCAGUGUGUCUCAGUGUCCUCCAGGUCCACAUGUUGUACUGGUGGUGGUGAAUGGGGACAGGACUUUCACAGAGAAAGACCGAGAAAUUUUUGUGGGAUAUCAGAAUCUUCUCAGUGAUAAAGUCUGGAGUCACACCAUUGUUCUCUUCACCUUUGGAGACUCUCUCAGAGACACAACCAUUGAGAGACACAUUGGGAGUGAAGGAAAGGCUCUCCAGUGGCUGGUAGAGAAAUGCAGUAACAGAUAUCAUGUUUUUAACAAUAAAAAUAAACAUAAAACUCAGAUCACAGAGCUGCUGGAGAAGGUAGAGAAGAUAGUGGCAGGGAACAGAGGGUGCCAUUUGGAAAUGGACACAAAGACAUUACAAGAUGUGGAAGAAAGAAGAAGACAAGAUGAAGAGAGAUCAGUGCAGAGGAGAAUGAAGGUGUCAAAUCAGAGAGAAGACAUAAGGAAACACACAUGUAAGUAUUUUGUGAUUACAACCAGUAUAAGGAUUGUGCUGCUGGGCAGCAGGAAUUCUGGGAAAAGUUCAUCAGGAAACACCAUCCUGGGCAUUGAGGAGUUUGAUAUUAACAGAGCUGUGCAGUGUGUGAAGAGACAUGGAGAAGUAGCAGGGAGGACGAUCACUGUAGUUGAAGCUCCAGGAUGGUGCAGUGAUAGACCUGUAGAAGAGAGCACCAAGUUACUUAAACAGGAGAUUGUCCUCAGUGUGUCUCAGUGUCCUCCAGGUCCACAUGUUGUACUGGUGGUGGUAAAUGGAGACAGGACUUUCACAAAUAAAGACAGACAAAUAUUUGUGGGCUAUCUCAGUCUUCUUGGUGACAAGGUCUGGAGUCAUACCAUAGUUCUGUUCACCUUUGGAGACUCUCUGGGAGACACAAGCAUUGAGAGACACAUUGAGAGUGAAGGACAGGCUCUCCAGUGGCUGGUAGAGAAAUGUGGAAACAGCUAUCAUGUUUUUAACAAUAUGACGAUGGAUGACUCUCAGGUCACAGAGCUGCUGGAGAAGAUAGAGGAGAUGGUGGCAGGAAACAGAGGCUGCUAUUUGGAAAUGGACACAAAGAUAUUACCAAAACUGAAAGAGACAAAGAGAACAGAGGAAGAGAGCUCAAAUAAGAGGAUGACAAAGGGUUUAAUGUUUGAACAUGAGUUCCAGUUACCAAUUCAAAGUUUCACAGGUAUUCCCCCUGGCCGCAUGAGUAUUGACUGGGUUCCCUGGGUUCUUUACCCCCACUUCCAAAAAAAUGCCGGUGAAAUGCAUCAUCUGUCAGAAGUGAGGAUUGUGCUGUUGGGCUGUAGGACUGCAGGGAAAAGUUCAUCGGGAAACACCAUCCUGGGUAAACAGGAGUUUGACGUACAGGAAAGUGCACAGUGUGUGAAGAGACAUGGAGAAGUAGCAAAGAGGAUGAUCACUGUUGUUGAAGCUCCAGGAUGGUGCCGCGAUAAACCUGUAGAGGAGAGCACUGACUCACUUAAACAUGAGAUUGGCCUUAGUACAUCUCGGUGUCCUCCAGGUCCACAUGCUGUACUGGUGGUGGUAAAUGGGGACAGGUCUUUCACAGAGAAAGACCGAGGAAUAUUUGUGGGAUAUCUCAGUCUUCUCAGUGACAAAGUCUGGAGUCACACCAUAGUUCUAUUCACCUUUGGGGACUCUUUGGGAGACACAACCAUAGAGCAACACAUUGAAAGUGAAGGACAGGCUCUCCAAUGGCUUGUAGAGAAAUGUGGAAACAGAUAUCAUGUUUUUAAUAACAAUAAGAUGGAUGAUGGCUCUCAGGUCAAGAAACUCCUGGAGAAAAUAGAGACAAUGGUGGCAGGAAACAGAGGCUGCCAUUUGGAAAUGGGCAUAAAGCCAUUACAAGAAGUAGAUGCCAAGAUUGCAGAGGACAAGAGAUUACAUCACAUGCUGAAGGGUUCCUGGUUCCAUCACGAGCUCCAGUUAACAAUGCAGAGUUUUACACGUAUUCCCCUUGACCGCAUGGGUAUUGCCUGGGUUCCCUGGGUUAUUCAACCCCCCUUUCAAAAAGAUACUGGUGACAUAUACUAUCUCUCAGAAGUGAGGAUUGUGCUGCUUGGCAGCAGGAAUUCUGGGAAAAGUUCAUCAGGCAACACCAUCCUGGCACAAGAAAUGUUUGACUUUAACAGAGCUGUGCAGUGUGUGAAGAGACAUGGAGAAGUAACAGGGAGGAAGAUCACUGUAGUUGAAGCUCCAGGAUGGUGCAGUGAUAGACCUGUAGAAGAGAGCACCAAGUUACUUAAACAGGAGAUUGUCCUCAGUGUGUCUCAGUGUCCUCCAGGUCCACAUGCUGUACUGGUGGUGGUUAAUGGGGAAAAAUCUUUCUCAAAGAAAGACCAAGAAAUAUUGGUGGGAUAUCAGAAUCUUCUCAGUGAUAAAGUCUGGAGUCACACCAUAGUUCUAUUCACCUUUGGAGACUCUCUGGGAGACACAAGCAUAGAGCAACACAUUGAGAGUGAAGGACAGGAUCUCCAGUGGCUUGUAGAGAAAUGCGGAAACAGAUAUCAUGUUUUUAACAAUAAACUGAGACACAGUAACACUCAGGUUAUGGAGCUACUGAUGAAGAUUGAGAAGAUGGUAGCAGUAAACAGAGGGUGCCAUUUAGAAAUGGAUAACAAGAUGUUACAAGAUGUGGAAAAGAGGAAGAGACAAGAGGAAGAGAAAUUAUUUGAGAGGAUGAUGAAGGUUUUCUGGUUCCAGUAUGAGCUUGAGUUACAAAUGCAACAAAUAAGUUUCACAACUAUUCCACAUGUCCGCUUGAGUAAUCCCUGGAUUCCUUGGGGUUUUCACCCCCCCUUCCAAAAACAUCCAGGUUCAGAGGCAGCAACACACAAAAUGAAUCUAACAGGUGUUGACUUUGUGAAUGAACACAGAGAAACACUCAUUCAGAAAGUGUCUUCGGUAAUGGAGAUUGCAGACUGUCUAAAAGGCAAGGAUAUGAUUAGCGAUGAAAUGUACAGUAAGAUUCAGGAAGAGGCAACGCCACAAGCUAAAAUGAGAGAACUUUACAAACAUCUCAACUCAGGAGGAAGAAAAGUGAAAGCUGAGUUCUAUCAAAUUCUUAAAAAGAAGCUGCGCUACUUAGUCGAGGAAUUGGAGUCUGGAUCAGUUCAGGCUUAGUGGAUUUUUAAAUCAAACACUUUAAACAAACAUGAGUUUUCUCUUCAUAUAGCUGAAAUAUAGAAAUGUUUCAUAAUAAUAUUGUUUUUCAUUUGUGUUAUGGUGAGUGUUCCAGUUGUAUUUCAUACUGUAUUUUCAAAUAAUUUCCUCAAAAAAUAGCUUACUCAAGAUUCAGGAAACACAAUCACAAUAAACAGUAUUUGAUUGUUCACCAGAUCAAAAGAGAAAAAAAAUCUUAAUAGUACUGUUAAACAUGCAAAAUAUAUUAGUUUUAGUUUAUAAAAAUUCAUGCAGCUAAUACCUACACACUUGUAAAAGAAAAUUUCUUUCUGGUUGUGUGGACAUGAUUGUGGAAUUUAGAGUCUUGCCUGUCUGGCUUUUAUACAGGGAACAGCAGAGGAAACACUUUGAGGGCGGGUAAGCUCAGGCCCCUUGCUAACAGGCAGCAUAGAUGAUGUAAUUUCAAUACCCCAUGGCACUGUGAACUCAUGAGCAUCAAGUGUUUAUCAUUGAAAAGUGGUGCAUCCAUAACUGCUUUUCAGCACCUUUUCUGUGCAGGAAGUGGUAUCUUAUACAAGACUCUUUAUCUCAGACCCUGUUGUUAUGAACACUUCAGCCCACCUGAGAAUCAUGUUACCAUCAGGAAUGUGUCUGUGACACCCCACAUUGAAUUGUUGAAGAAGGCACGAGUCCACGAUGCCGUGGCUACUGGCUAUUGAAACUGCAUCAUUUACUAUGCCUUUUAUCAAGGGGUGGAGCUUGGAGCAUUGUUUCCUCAUCUGCAACCUGAGUUUAUACAUCAGUAACAUAUCAACUCAACCAGGUUCAUGAGACUUUAUUUGAAAGGUACAAUAUAAAUGCAUAAACACAUUGAAUGCAUUUUUCAUUUUCACUGUGAAAGUCUAUGACUAUUAUUUUGUUUAGAGAUUGGGUUUAUGUCUGUCUUUUUAUAAGAGGUUUUUAAUAUUCCGUUUUGUUAAAAUAAAACUUUGUUUACAGUACUGUACACUUUGUGGUGAACAGUUGUGAAUGUACAAGAAUAACAUUGUGUGAUUGAUUUGUUUUCUGAAUUUACCCCACUGAUCCUCCAACCUUAUUUAUGCAGAACCGUUUAUUGGUGAUUCAUACAUCCAUUUGGGAUCACAGUCAGGACCAAAAUCCAGGCUGGAAAAAUGCCCCAGAACCUUAUGUAGUCCUAUAGACUAAGGACGACUGUUUAGAAUCUAAGAGUGUUCCUUCCUGUCCUUCAUCGUUUUUUGUUUGUUUGUUUUUCUUUGCUGAUGUAGUGAAUUGAUUGGCCUUCUCUGAACAAAAAGAUAAUUUUGUUAAACAUACAUUCCUCUUCUUGCUCAAUUACUUUUUUAAAAAGUUAUCCCCAAGGCAUGUAGUUACGUCUAGCAGAGUAACCACCUGGUGUAGUUCAGCAUGUUAACUAUGGACUAACUAUGAGAGUUAUCUACCAGAAAGCCUUUAGUUCAUUUAAAUGAACAAAAACUGUCCAAGCUUUCUGACACAGCAAUUUUUCCAUCUUCCAUUUUCCCAUCAUCAGAUUGUGAUUUAAAUGUCAAAUAGUCAGAAUGUAGGUAAGAAGCCGCUGAAGUUUGAUAUGUUUAAACUUACCAUAGAUAUCGUUUUUACUGCCUUGUCUCUGAUCUCAGAUUGCAAAGUGGGGAAUAAAAGUUCCACAGGCAAAGAUAAAGCAUUGCAUUUGGCAAGUUGUCUCUGUUACUGAUAGUUCUUGUUUACAACCCAGUCUUGUUUAUAAUGGGAAGCUGUGACAUUUACAUUUAAAUUUAUUUGGCAGACACCCUUAAUUAGAGCAAAUUACAGUAAUGCUUUGAAGUGUCCAUCUAGGAAUACAUCAAAUACUGGUUCAUUAAGUCACUGACUAAGAAUGUUAUCAGACUAAAAAUCUCUGUCUCUUGUUAGAGUGACUCAGGGUUUAGAUUCCUGAUUCCGCAAAACAGGGACAUCUCAGGCCCUGUGAAAAUUGUGGUGCGGUCACGGCUACCAUUUGAGAGGGAGAGUAGGAUUUUGGGGAAUGACUUGGCUGGUGGGAAGGUUUUUCAUUAUAUGCAUGUGUCUGCUGAGUCUGAUACUUGUGUCCAGACUGAUUUAAAUAGUUUCCCUCUGUUUUUUCAGCAUGUGUCAUAACUCAUGUUUAAAACUAAAAAAAUGUAGUUGAAAUUUUAGGUACGCUCUUAACUUGUCCAUAAAAAAGUAGUUGAGGGUAUAUUGUUUAUUUCACCACAGCAUUUGAUAAAUUUUGAGACUUCCGGUUCUAACCAGAGCCGGAAGCCAUCUACCUCUACAUCUACCUCAGCCAUUAAGAGAAAACUGAGAGCAGUUCGCUGCUGCCUGAAGAGCCGAUACAAUUUGGUGAGAUGUAUUGACACUGUGGUAGAUAUAGAUAAGUCACAACUAUCAGAAGGUAGACUCGGGAUUUUUGGGAUGCUCUCAUAUCUGUCGUAUUGGACUACUUUCUGGAAUGUGCCUAUUUUUAUGUGUGUUCUGGUCACUUUGGGGUAACUAAAACUUAUUGGCACAUCAUUAGACACUUCUUUUGGCAUGGGUUGAAGUGUUAUGACUGUUGUUUGGCUGGAAAGCCUAAUAAGAUGGUACAGCAAGCUCCUCUUUGGUCUAUUCCAAUCACAGCAGAACCAUUUGAGAGGUUUAUCACUGACAUUGCCUGAAUUCAAGUCCAGUAAUCAGUACAUUUUAACUAUUAUGUGUACCUGUUACCCUGAUGCCAUACCCCUGCUUUCUAUCAAAACCAAAGCAGUACUGAAAGCUUAUCAAGUGUUAUGUUUAAUUUUUUAGAUUACCUAAGGUCAUUCAGACUGCCCAAGAGUCAAAUUUCAUUUAACAUCCAAAGUCACAGUGAGCACUUUAGCCAUUCCCUCAGACUGCAUAGAAUGACUGCAUAAAAGUCAUCUAUGUGACAUAAAUAUUUUAAAGGCUUAUAUCUAAAAUGAUGUGACUAAAGCUGUUUUUCUUGUUGACUAUCUGUGGUUUCUUGUUGAUUGCAAGAGAUUGUGAGAUUCCACUGUUCUGACGUUUUUAUUCUGAGGUUCUUCUUUCGCCAGAUGAAACAAAGAUAUUUUUUCAGAACAUUUUAUUUCUAAAGAAAAAGAACAACAACGUUUGAUAUAGCUUUAAUGUCUAGGAUAAAUAUAUAAUCAACUAAAUCUUUAAAUGCUGAAAGAAAAUCAUUAAAUGCUGAAAGUCAUUCCUUUCAUCCAUGUAUAGUUAGUUUCUGUUUUCACUUUUGUUAUGGUAGCUACAAACAGUUACCUAAGAGCUAGAAAAUGCAACUUGUCAGGUUACUGAUCUGAGAGCAGAAAAUAUUUAUCUGUCAAAUAAAUGUUUUACAAAGAGCUGACA